AGUAGUGAGGCACAAAAAUCACUGCAUCACACUGAAAAAAUGAUGUUCUUCCUCAGUGUUUCCAGCACAAAUAUAGAAACAUCCUUAAAUCAAGAUACAUUUACUGGAGAAGAGAAAUGACUGAAGAUAUUAAGCAAAUUUAUGUUUAAAACAAGAACAAAUGGUCAGAAAAAUAAUCUUGUUUUCCUUUGAAUUAGGUUUAUUUUUUCUGGAACAUUGGCAGAUAUUUUUUUUUCUUGUUUUAGGCUUAAAAUCGUUUAAUUUUGAUACAUUUUUCAGAAAAAUGCUUCUCAAGUAAAUUAUAUAUUGAUUUAAGAAUAUUUAGAUAUUUGUAAAGGAAAACAAGAUGAAAAUACAAUUUUUUUUUUUGUGAUGCAUAUCAAAUCAAAUAUUGCAAGGACAUGUAAUGACUUUUAAUAAACUGUUGUUUAGCUGAUUUUUAGUGUUGCUCACAUUUAUGAACUGCAUAACUUGUUUUUUGAAAGUAUUUGUGUGUGUGUGUGUGUGUGUGGGCAGUAAAAAUAGCUCUUGUUUCCAAGACAACGGCACUAUAUCACUUUAUUAUUGUCUUUUUUUUCUCAGUUUAUCUCGAUCUGAUAAAAUUCCAGCUUCGUCAGCGACAUCAUUUCUCUCUCCCAUCUCUUUAUUUCUCUCUCCAUCUCUCGUCCUCUCCACCUUCACCCCUCCUCCUCCUCCUCCUCCCAUCAUUCCUCCCCUGAUAAUACAGACCAUCGCUGUGCGUCACUCCUUCAGUGCUUCAUUCCGUUCAUCUCUCUGCUCCGCAUCCAUCAGCUCCGGCAGCAGUAUGGACAGCACAGUUUCAGCCUACUCUGAGAAGCUGAGAGAGAUGUCGGUGUUGUCUCUCAUCUGCUCUUGUUUGUAUUCCCAGCCUCAUCCCAACACCUUCGGUCAGUUUGAAGACAUGGAGGUGAAGUCACUGAAUAAGCGAGCUUCUGGCCAGGCGUUUGAGGUCAUCCUCAAGAGUCCGACUGACCCGUCUCCGGAGAGACCUCAGACUCUGGUGCUGCCAGCUCAGAAGAAGGAGCCGUCACUGGGGGAGCUACAGAGGAGACUGGAGGCUGCUGAGGAGAGACGGAAGUCCCAAGAGAAGCAGGUCCUGAAGCAGUUGGCGGAGAAACGGGAGCGUGAGAAGGAAGUGCUCAACAAGGCCCAGGAGGUCAACAACAACUACAGCAAGAUGACAGAGGAGAAACUCAACCACAAAAUGGAGCUGAUCACAGAAAACCGCAUGGCCCGUCUCAAUGCCCUCAAGCAGCGUCUGAGAGAGAAGGAGAUUCACGCUGCAGAAGUCCGUAAGAAUAAGGAACUUCACACUGAGAUCUCUGGCUGAAGACACUGUGACGCCAGAGCCACGAGACGUCCAGUCACGACUGCAUUUGGAGAAUAUAUCAUUCUUUGGCCACACUGUCUUAAGAGGUCAUUUCAGACUCACCGUAUCAGUUAUCCUUAUCAAUAAAUGUCAACAACAUCCCACAUACACUACGUGGACACAAGUAUGUGAGCACCCAGACACCACAGAAUGUUUAAUUUCAGAACGCUGGGCAUUAAUAGACCGUUUGUCCUUCCUAGAUCUUCUGUGAGUCAGUGUUCCAGCUCAUCCCAAAGGUAAUCAGGUCUAGACUUUGUGCAGCCAAUCAAGUUCUUCCACAGUUCUUGAUGAUCCUUGUGUGGUUUUCUAUUUAAGAGAUGUUAGAAGUCAUAUCCCUCCCUGAACUCAACCUUCACAGAAAAUUUAGGCUCAAUUAUACGCUUAUAAGAAUGUUGUUCAUGCUUCAACUCCAGAUUUGAAGAAACCCUAAACAAAUCCUUUUACCUGUUCCUGAAAUCUGAUUGGCUGAUCCAGGAAUAUGCCCUACUUGGCAAAGUAAGUCACCCGUUUUAUACACAAGGACUUUGUCUUGCUGAAACAGACAAGCGUCAUCCAGAAUGUCGUUAUACUGAGUAACAUUAAGAUUUAAAAUCAUUGGACUAGGGGUGCCCACAUACUUCUGGCCGUGAAGUUUAUCUGCCUGCUGAAAAAAAAACAACUUAGACCAGCUUAAACUUGAACUUGUUUUAGAUGUGCAAUCUUACUGUUGACCAGCUAGACCAGUGGAUGAGCUAAAACCAGCAUGAAAGUGUUCAAACUGACACCAGCAAUGAUCUGGUCAUUUAUUCUGGUCUUGGUUGUAGUUUAGCAGAGCUGAAUCUCACAAAACCAUGACUCUGUAUAUCCACAUUUACACUGCACUUUAUAGAACAUGAUUCAUUCACGUGGGUAGUUUAGGUGCAUUUCAAGGGUCACUAAUUUGUUUUUCAGUGACCUGAAAGGGAAAUGUCUAAGCUAUGUGCUGCUAACUGAUUACUGAAAACCAUUUAAAACAAGAUUAAAGCAUAACAUGUUCGUAAUGAGUCGCUGCUGUCAUUUUUGCAACAAGCGUUCCCAACAGAUUAUUCAUGAUGGCAACUCAUCCAGCCGCCUUAGAUUUGUUGAUGUUUACCACUCUCAGGUAAAAUUGUAAUUUAUUUCUGACAUCCUUUGACUCGCAUUUUACAUAAUAUAAUCAUGCGUUUGCUGUUAUUUUUUUUUAUAUUAUUUUAACUAAUGGUGUAUUCUGAGUAUCAGUGAACUUUCUCCGUGAAGUUUUGAAUAUGGAAACUACUGAUGCAAUAGUUUCUCAAUAUAGUUUAUAAAAACAGUCAUUAGGACUUGUAUUGCUGCUGAUAAGACUCAUUAUAUGCUCUCAAUUACUGAUAAAACUAUCAUCAGAGCUCAGUAAAAAUAAGGGUGUGUUUGCAUAUGUGUCAUUUGCAAAUUACAGAUAAAUGAAACUGAAGUUGUUUUGUUUGCUCACACUGCAGCAGGCCUAGAAAAUUUGUGUGUGUGUGUGUGUGUCCUGGGUUCUUGUGAGUCAGGUGGAUCUGAAAACACAUUUAAAAGUACACACAAUUAUGACAUUCCUGGCUUCUUAAUCAGAGGCAGAAGAAUAAGGGAUAUUCAGACACGUGGCACAUAAACCUGUUUUGUUUGUGGCAAGAUUUACAUAACCUUACAUAAUAUGGCAUUUAAAAGGGAGUGGUCAGGUGGUGAAUGAGUAAAUAUUAACACCCCAAAUGCAUGUAUUGUCAGUCUUCAAGGCAUCAUUAAAGCGGUUUCAAUCAUC